AUGUCUCCUACUCACCGCAUAGCGGUGAUCCAAAUGCACCCCAAGCCCAUGGCACUGGAGAAGAACUUCGAAAAAGCAGCCGACUACAUCCGUGCAGCAGCUCGGCAGCACGCCCACCUCGCCGUGCUACCCGAGUACCAUCUGCUCAACUGGAUUCCGCACGAUCCGAAGUUCAAGCAAGCUUGCGGCCAAUGGCGAACGUACCUGCAGAAAUACCAGGAUCUGGCCAAGGAAUGCAACAUUUGUAUUGUCCCGGGUACCAUUAUCGAGCUGCACGAAGAGGCCGUGGAGGAUGAGCGACUCCUCAAUGUCGCUUAUUUCAUCGACAACAAGGGCGAGAUCUUGGGCAGAUAUGUCAAGAAGAACCUCUGGGGUAACAUUGAGAGAGACCAUCUCACCUCAUCCACUCACGAUCCACAUGAAGUCUUUGAUACGCCUCUCGGCAAGGUUGGCCUGCUGAUUUGCUGGGAUCUGGCUUUCCCCGAGGCUUUCCGUGAGCUGAUCGACAACGGGGCGAAGAUCAUCAUCAUCCCUACUUUCUGGACGCUGAGCGACUGUUCGAAGGAUGGUUUGGCAAUUAAUCCACUGUCGGAGGGUUUGUUCCUGGACUCGAUUCUAACGGCGAGAUGUUUCGAGAAUACUUGCGCUGUCGUAUUUGCCAACGCUGGCGGUCCCGCCGGCAAGGGCUAUGCGGGUCUUUCCCAAAUCUGUGUUCCCUACGCUGGAGCCCUGACAAGACUCGGAAGCCAUGCUGAAGGUAUGGCUGUCGCCGAUGUUGACAUGAACAUACUUGAGAUCGCCGAACAGAACUAUCAAGUGAGAACGGAUUUGGCGAGGAGUGACUGGCAUUACAUGUAUCGACAUACGAAUAAUGCGGAUGAUGGAAGCAAGUCUGAUGCGAAGCUAUGA